CUCGGAACAAACAGUAGGUGGCGGCAUGUUCUUUUGAUACCAGCCCGCCAUUAAACAAACGGAGAAAGAAGAAGAACUUGGCGGGAAGUUCCUCUGUUCUGCUGUGCAGCUGGAAAUUCAGUGCUGGUCACAUCAGGGAAUAUCGAUAAGAACAGAUUUAGCAAUCUCUGAUUAAGCCAUGGACGACAAGACAAAGAACGACACAUCACAGCUCAACGGAACACACGGUGAAGGUGAGACAAAGAAGAGGCAGGGCUACUUGGAAUGGCCUGAGUAUUUCAUGGCUGUUGCCUUCUUAUCAGCACAGAGGAGCAAGGACCCCAGUUCUCAGGUUGGUGCCUGUAUUGUGAAUCAAGAGAACAAGAUAGUGGGUAUUGGCUACAAUGGCAUGCCCAAUGGUUGUGACGAUGACCUGCUGCCCUGGUCUCGCAGUGCUGAUAACAAGCUGGACACCAAAUACCCCUAUGUGUGCCAUGCAGAGCUGAACGCCAUUAUGAAUAAGAACUCGGCAGAUGUCAAGGGUUGCACCAUGUAUGUAGCGCUCUUCCCCUGUAACGAGUGCGCCAAACUCAUUAUUCAAGCAGGUAUAAAGGAUGUGAUCUAUUUGUCAGACAAAUACCAUGACACUCCAGAAAUGACUGCCUCCAGACGGCUGCUUAACUUGGCGGGCAUCACGUACAAGCAAUUCAAGCCAAAGCAAGGCAGGAUUGUCAUUGAUUUUAAUUCAAUCAACUACCCCGGAUUGAAAACGUCCAGUGGUUUGGGGGGCGUACAGUCAUCACAGACUGAGGAAUUUGGAGCAUGACACUAAAUAUUCAUAAAACGCACUCAUUGUUUUUCUUGCUUAUGUACUGGUGAAGGUCAUUAUGGGUUUGACAGUGAUUACUAAAUAGAUGUAGUUCACUGUUGUGCAUUUUUUGUUUUAAACCUUUGUUUCUUCAAAUCUUGAAACGUGUUGUUAUUGACUAUUGUCAGUGUUUUGAAUGUUUUUCUUGAAUUUGUUUGCUCUAAUGCAUAACAUUAACAUUUUUUAUCAAUUUACAUGCAAAAUAGCAGCCGGUGUGUGACCUUGUGCCUUUUUUAAUUGAUUCUUUUAGAGUUUCAGUUUUUAUGAUGAGUGGGUUGACAAUGAGGACAUUAAAAUCAAGCUGGAUGCCAACAUUAACCAAAUCAAAUGUGGUAUUUAACAUUUCUUUAGCCUUUUUGCAUUCUCUGUAACAAGGCUGAUUAUAUUUUGAUGUUCAUUUAACAAAUACUAAAUUACCCUUCCAUUUUCAAACAUUAACCACUGACUGCUGUUUUGCUCAUAUUCCUAAGUUUUUGUAAGUACUGCAUCAGAUAAACCUUAUAUUCUGUCAAACCCCAAUCCACAGUUUUGUGCAUGUUGUGUCUCCUCAGGUUACAACCCACAACUUAAGGUUUAAUUAAAAAAAGAGGAGACUUGCGUUUGGAGGGAACAGUUUGUAAAUGUUACAUAUUGUUAUACCGGGAUCACACUCCCAAAAUAAAAAAUGAAUAAAAAUCCCUCAGUGUUUAAUUUUCAUUGCUAUACUAUGAGAGUUAGAAUAUUGUUUUUUCAUUACGUAGCACAAAACACAAAAUAAAUUAGAACGGCCCACACAGCUGCUGUUAGGUUUUGUUCUGUAGCAUGAAUACAUAAUUUAACAGGUCAAAAGUUUGCUGAGGAUUUCUUGAUGCAUUUCUUA